CGCUGUCACAUAAUAAAGGAGGGACCUGCUCCUCCGUUCUCCCCGCGAUUCAUCGCUACAUUUUUUGAUUCUUUUUUAUUUUUUCCCUGCUCCCCAUCAUGGCGGCGAAGUCAGACGGGAUGCUGAAGAUGAAGAAGAGCGACGUCGCCUUCACCCCCCUGCAGAACUCGGAUCACUCGGGCUCCGUGCAGGGCUUGGUGUCGGGAUCUCACCCGGGUUCGGGUGCAGGAGACGGGGGCUGCUCGGACGGCGGCUCCCGGUGCUGCUGCAGCAGAGUGGCCGGUGGCGCCGGGGGAGGCGGUGGGUCCCCGGCGCUGUGCCUGCGCCUGGCCCGGGAGCAGCAGCGCUACUCGGUGUGGGAUUGUCUGUGGAUCCUGGCGGCGAUGGCCGUGUACUUCGCCGACGUGGGCAGUGACAUCUGGCUGUCCGUGGACUACUACCUGCGGGGCCAGCGCUGGUGGUUCGGGCUCACGCUGUUCUUCGUGGUGCUGGGCUCUCUGUCCGUGCAGCUCUUCAGCUUCAGGUGGUUCGUCCACGAUUUCAGCACCGAGAACAGCGCCCAGUGCUCGCCGGUGGACGGCAAGACGGCGGCGGCGCCGGCGGAGGUGGACGUGCGACCCUCCACCCCGCAGAGACAGGCGUCUACCGCCAGCAACAAAGCCAACAACCCGGCCGGGGUCGGCAGCAGCAGCCGGGCCGCCAGCCCCAGGUCCGCUUCGUGCUCCUGCUGCAUCUGGUUCCUGCAGUCAUUCAUCCAUAUCCUGCAGCUAGGACAGCUCUGGAGGUAUUUCCAUACAAUAUAUUUGGGGAUUCGCAGCAGACGGAGUGGAGAGAAUGACAGGUGGAGAUUUUACUGGAAGAUGGUGUACGAGUACGCAGAUGUGAGUAUGUUGCAUUUGCUUGCGACAUUUCUGGAAAGCGCUCCCCAACUUGUCCUGCAGCUCUGCAUUGUCGUGCAGAGUCAAAGCAUACAGGCCGUUCAAGGUCUAACCGCUGCCGCCUCCCUUGUAUCCUUGGCUUGGGCCCUGGCGUCAUACCAGAAGGCAUUACGGGAUUCAAGAGAUGACAAGAAGCCCAUCAGUUACAUAGCAGUGAUCAUCCAGUUCUGUUGGCAUUUCUUUACCAUCGCAGCAAGAGUUAUAACAUUUGCUCUCUUUGCCUCAGUUUUCCAACUCUAUUUUGGAAUAUUUAUCGUUCUUCACUGGUGCAUCAUGACCUUCUGGAUUGUGCAUUGUGAAACGGAAUUCUGUAUAACUAAAUGGGAGGAGAUUGUGUUCGACAUGGUGGUCGGAAUAAUUUAUAUCUUUAGCUGGUUUAACGUCAAGGAAGGAAGGACACGGUGCAGGCUGUUUAUUUAUUACUUUGUCAUCCUUCUGGAGAACACUGCCUUGAGUACCCUGUGGUAUAUAAAUAAGACCCCCAAAUUCCUGGAUGCAUUUGCUAUCCCAGCACUGUGUGUAGUGUUUAGCAGCUUUUUAACUGGUAUUGUUUUUAUGCUCAUGUACUAUGCCUUCUUUCAUCCUAAUGGACCUAGAUUUGGGCAGUCACCAAGCUGUGCUUGUGAAGACCCUGUAACUGCCUUUCCCUUGCCCCCUGAAGUGGCUUCGAGCACUCUAAGAUCUAUGUCCAAUAACCGGAGUGUUACCAGUGACCGAGAUCAAAAAUUCUCCGAAAGAGACGGCUGCAUGCCAGUUUUUCAGGUGAGGCCAAUAGCCCCUUCAACUCCAUCCUCAAGGCCUCCAAGGAUUGAAGAAUCUGUUAUUAAAAUUGACCUGUUUAGAAACAGGUAUCCAGCUUGGGAAAGACACGUUUUGGACAGAAGUCUACGUAAGGCAAUUUUAGCUUUUGAAUGUUCACCUUCUCCCCCUCGGUUGCAGUAUAAAGACGAUGCACUUAUUCAGGAACGUCUGGAGUAUGAAACAACGUUGUAA